AUGUUUGGCAUUUUCCUCGUUGGCUUUUCACUCGGGUUCGUGCUGGAGGUGUUCGCGUGCAAGACACAUCUCUACGAAAGUGUCAUGAUGAAGAAGGAUGCGCGGCGGCACGACUUCGACGAGUUUGUCCUCGACUUCCGCCAAAGCGUAGAGCGGUGGCAGCGGGAGGACAGGAGCAAAACACCAACCAUCGUAGGCGGCGCGGGGAGGGGCGCGUGA